AUGAACACCGACCUCGCUCACAGCCCGAAAGUGGGCGCGUGCCUUGUGGUUGUGGCCUUUGUGCUCGGACGGUGGAUAGAGUCGUCGACGGCAUGGCUGUGGCUAGUUGUCCUGGUGGGUGGGAGCCUGGCGUGGCUGGCCAGGUCGGGCCAGCUGGCCGGCGAGCGGGCUCUGCAAAGGCAGGCGGCAUCGCUGAUGGAUCUCAAGUUUGAAGAGUCACGGCUCGAGUCGGUGGAGUGGCUCAAUGUGGUGCUCCAGCGCAUCUUCAAUGUCUCGCACAUUGCGUUUGAUGAGUACAUGCGCGAGACGCUCGAUCCGUGGCUCGAGUACUACAAGCCGCCCGGCUGCUCCGAGUUUCGGUUCUCCCGCUUUGAGCUCGGAAAGCGGGCGCCGUACAUCAAAUCAGUUCGUGUUCAUCGCUGUUCGGCCGACUGCCAUGACGCGGUUGCCGAGUUUGAUACCUUUCAGCUCGAUCUGGAUCUGGAGUAUCGUGGCGGCGGCGUGUCGGUGGCCUCGGCCAAGAUGGGUCUCCUCAAGAUCCCGAUCUCUAUCAAAGAUCUGUCGAUUGUGGGCAAGGUCCGGCUGAUCAUAACGAUUGACACCGAGAACUACGUCCGGAUCUGCCAUGUGUCGUUCCUAGGCAAGCCCGACAUCGAUGUGACCAUCAAGCCGCUCAAGGGCGUCGACCUCCUGGGCGUGCCGGCGCUCUCGGGCUGGCUCCGCUCGCUCAUUACUAACGGUGUGGCCGACAUGAUGUCGUGGCCGAAGCGGUACACUUACGACGUUGCCGACUGGGCGGUGCCCACGCCCGAUGAGCUUGUCCGCAAGCGCCUGGUUGUGACCAUCCGUGGCGGACGGGCGCUACAAGGCGUCGACUCAUCUGGCACGUCGGACCCGUUUGUCGUCCUCCGCCUCGGUGCCGAGGGUGAGCAGCACAAGACCCGAGUGAUUCAGUCGGCGUUGGGCCCUGUGUGGAACGAGAGCUUUGUGUUCUACAUCACCGACGUCCGCCCGCUCUCACUCUUCCUCGAGGUCUACGAUGAAGACCGGCUGCUGAAGAACACGCUAUUGGGGACGGCCACCGUCGGCUUGCAGGCCGAAGUGGACACCUACCGCGUCAAGAAGUCAGUGAGCGUGGCGGCCAAGGCUGACCUCGCAUCGCUGGGCACGACAAGUGUGCCGGCCGACAGCAUGACGCUCGACGACGCGUCGGCGCUGCCGGUGGGGAGCGAUCCCGGCCUCGCCUCCAACCACAAGGGUAAGGCCGAGGCCGAGUCAGAGGCGUACGUGGCCGAGGCUGCCGCGUCCGAGCUUGGGCCCGUCAAGCCUGCGGAGCCUGUCCUCGAAGUGACGAAGUGGAUUCCACUCGAGCAGGCGGGCUCUGGCGAGAUCCAGAUCUCGCUCAACAUGGAAGUGUGUUUGGCCGAGGUUGCUCAGCCAGGCGUGCUCUCGGUUCGACUCAUCAAGGGCGACUCGAUUGCCACGACCAAGUCGCUGAUUCUGGGCAAAAAGCCGACGUGCAACCCGUACGUGGUAUUCCGCGUCGGCGACGAGGUCCACUCGUCGGCAGUCAAGAAAAAGACGUCGGAUCCUGUGUGGGAGGAGACGUUCCACAUUGCCGUCGACGACGUGGCCACCCAGCAGCUGUUCAUCAUGGUCAACGAGAAGGAGACUAUCGGGCGCGACAAGCCGCUUGGUGACGCUGUCAUCAACAUUGCGACGAUUGUUUCGGAGCUGCAGGGCCAGCACUGGAUCUCGCUCCACAACACCGAGAGCGGGCGGCUGCACCUGGACAUGACGUUCACGCCACAUACUGGAGCGAGUGCCGGGCUCGCGACCAACGAUGAGGCCGGCGCAAGCGGGUCGACGCCCGGUGCUAGCGGAACUUCGGCUGUUGAGGUACUGGGCACCCACUCGACGAGCGAGGUCGGCUCGGGCUUUUCCAAGCACGGCUGGCUGGAUCGGCGGUCAGACAUUCGACACGUGUGGGCGCCGCGCUGGGUGACUCUCUCGGCCGACGGGCGCGUCCUUUACUACUUUGUAGAUGAGCAGAACCCGGAGGCGCCGGCGUUCAAUAAGGCCAAGGGCCAGGUCCUGCUCAAGGGAUGGGCGUGCGGCGACGUCAUUUGCCGUCACCGAUACUCGGAAAACGUUUUACUUGUCGGCGGCGACGGUUGA